GAAACAGCUGAUCUAAAUCGCCUAACCAAAGUUUUGUGUUGUGAAACAACACAAACAAUAUUUAUGUUUAAUUCAUAAUGAUGUAAAUAAUGAUAAAGUUAACAUUAGGAAAAUGACACAGCUUUUAAUUGCUUAUUACCCAGUAAGUUGUUUUCGAUGAUGUCGUACAGUAUGUCCAUUUCAAAAUUAGUCCAUUUAUCUAAAUAUAAUGGUUUUAAUUUGUGUAGAAAGUUUUCACAACAAUCUUCACAUUGUGAUGUUGUUUUUAACUAUUUGCAAGGAAGGCAUGAAGGUGUUGCAGUCAUAGGUUUUAAUCGACCUGAACGAAAAAACGCAUUCAGCAUGAAUUUAGUGAAAGAACUGCACAGAUACAUCGACAAAAUUUAUUUCGAUAAUAUAACCAGAGUGGUCAUCUUGAAAAGCAUGACGCCAAAAAUAUUUUGUGCAGGCGCUGAUCUCAAAGAAAGAGCUGGCAUGUCUCCAAAGCAGGUAGCAGACUUUGUGACUAACUUGAGGGGAUUGAUGAAUAGGGUGCAAAAUAUCUCCGUACCUGUUUUAGCGGCAAUUGAUGGCGUGGCUUUAGGGGGAGGUCUGGAAAUCGCACUGGCCUGCGAUAUUCGUGUGGCUUCUGUUGAUUCGAAAAUGGGUUUAGUAGAAACAAAACUAGCAAUUAUUCCAGGUGCCGGAGGUACGCAAAGACUGCCAAGAAUCCUAAAUCCUUCAAUUGCCAAAGAAUUAAUUUAUACUUCAAAAAUUAUAGACGGAACGACCGCUUUCGACUUAGGAUUAGUUAACCAUGUGGUGGAGCAGGACGAAAAAGGAGAAGGUGCCUUUCAUAAGUGCCUAAGUAUAGCUGACGAUAUUUUGCCCAAUGGGCCAUUUGCAGUACAAAUGGCUAAGCAAGCCAUAAGCAAAGGAAUGGAAGUAGAUUUAUAUUCAGGAUUAUCAAUUGAGGAAGCUUGCUACGCACAGAUUAUUCCUACUAAAGACCGGACAGAGGGACUGACAGCAUUUAAGGAGAAAAGAAAACCAAAAUACCAAGGAGCCUAAACGCAUUUUUAUGGAAACAUUAUAAAGUAUAUAUAUUUUUAUGUAGUCUAUGUGAAAUACAUAUUUAAUUAAAAUAAACUUGAAAACUCA